UUAAACCCUAAACAAACGACAUCACAACAAACCCGAAAAAACAGACACAAAACCCUCCUUCACAUCACAAAAAUGCGCCCACUUGACGAAGCCGAAACGACCGCCGUUUUCGAAAAGCUCUUCAAGUUCACCGGCAAUAACCUCAAGAACAUUGUCGAAAACCCAUCUCAUGAGGGACCCGACCCGAACCCGGGCCGAUACUGUUUCCGGCUUCAUAAGAACCGGGUCUAUUACGUCAGUGAGUCCCUCGUUAAACGCGCCACGAACAUCGCAAGAGCCAACCUGGUCUCUCUCGGCAUGUGCAUCGGCAAGUUCACGCACAGCGGCAAAUUUCAUCUCACCAUACAAGCUUUGAAUUUGGUUGCGGCGAAUGCGAGGCAUAAAGUGUGGAUAAAACCGACAUCAGAGAUGUCGUUUUUGUACGGAAACCACGUGUUGAAAGGCGGGUUGGGGAGGAUAACGGACAGUAUUGCCCCUGGUGAUGGGGUGGUGGUGUUUUCAAUGUCUGACGUGGCGUUAGGGUUUGGUGUGGCGGCGAAGAGUACCCAAGAUUGUCGGAAACUGGACCCCAAUGGAAUUGUGGUGCUGCACCAGGCUGAUAUUGGAGAGUAUUUGAGGAUGGAGGAUGAACUCUGAAAAGAAUUUAUGGUUUUUUUGGGGAAAUUUUUGAGAGGUUUUGUAAGUGGGAUCUUUAAUUUUAUGGGGUUUAAAUGUUAUGAUUGUUAUUGUUGUUUAAUUAUAAUGAACUUGGAUUAUGUUUAAAACCAAAUGCAUGCUAUACUGAGUUUAGUAGACAUAUUUUUUUUUUUAUUU